UAACCAAUUUGACACGUUGUAAAAGAAGUGGAUUACUGUUAAACUCGACGGAAAGGGAUUUUCACAAGAUAUUGUCAGUCUUCAUAAAUAGGCUAUCAAACCUCCAUCAGGCGGCUUAACUUGUUGAGAAGGGCUCCAGGCAGAAGAAGAAAAGUGGACUACAAAUAUGUAUCAAGAAAACUGAGUAUUGUUACCGGUCUCAAAAAGCAAAAAUAAAACCCUGCCUAUUUUCAUUACACGGCACUAGAAAUAAUCCAACAUGGCCAAUGAGACAACAGUGCAGAACUCAUAUAUCACUGAUCAGGAAGUUCAUGAAGCUGAUGACUGUCGUGAGAAUAUUCCCCCAGACAGCUCUGUUUCAGUUGAGACUUCCAAAGUCAAAUUUCAAGAUUUGGAAAAACAUGCCUGCUCACAAACAAGUGGAGAAAAUAACCCUCUGUCUGACACCUGCACUUUAGAAACUCCAGCUCCAACAAGCAGAAAUAGUAGAGUCAAGGCAAAGUCGAGGAUAUCUGGUCUCCAAUCUGCUCUAACGCCAAUUUUAAAGUAUUUAAAUAUUGGCAAGAAAUCUCCAUCUCCAGAGCCUUUCAAUCAUGGUAACAGUCCUCCUAUCUUUUCCUUUGGUAAUUCCACAUCCAAAUUGACUGAAAGCAUCACCCAGAAUCCAAAGCCAGGUUUCUCCACUAGUCAUUCUGGGCAGUCGUCAGGUAUCCACUGGAUCUGUGAUGAGUACCUUCCAGAAAUCACUCUCUUGGACGUAACAUGUGACUCAACCAUGGAUCUGACUAGAAACGGGCUGGCUCAUUCCGACUGUGUACCUGGGAUACCUGUAUGUGCACAGGAUGUAACCAAGAAAACAGAGCAGGCUUUUGACUUGAAUCUAAACUCUAAGAUCAGUUCUACUUUAACCCCUGUCCGCCACCUGCACAAUGAAUUCCUCCCAGAAAUCAGUCUCCUGGAUGUAACAGCCGACUUCAGUAUGCAACGGGCUAGAAGUGGGUCGGCUCGUUCUGACAGCGGGUCUGGGACACCUGCAUCUGCAAAAGAGAUGGUCAAGAAGCCUGAGGUUUAUGAUGCAAAUCUGAACUCUAAGAUGAGUUUAACCCCCAAAAUAGGGAGGAGUUCAGUUCAGUCACUACAGGGGGAAACCACUUUAGAGGCCACUUGUGAUUUGUCACCUGCAGAUGGCUCGAAAAACACCAUGUCUUCAUCAAAACUCAGACAAACUAUGUCAGAAUCAGCAGAUGAUCAGUGUUCAAUUGAAAACAUGUCAGGUACUAUUCCUGGCGACAUCACCCACACCAUAAGCAUUAAUGAAGUAUCUGAUAACUGUGAGGGGGGAGACGCAAGGAAAGCUCCUUUGGAUGUAACGCAAGAUAUUUCUAUGGCCAGUGACAGCAGUAGGCCAUCAAGUGAAAACAGUGGACAAACACCAGCUGAGGACAGGUUUGGUGCCCACCCUGUCAAUGUGACCCGAGACAUUAGUUCCUCUAGCAACAUGUCUGUCCAGUGCCACAUGUGCCAGUCUUCUGCCUCCCUGCAUGAUAACACUAGUUCCAAAAAUGUCACAUGUGAGCAUCACCCUGAACCUGCAAAGACAUCUAAUUCUGUAGAAACAGACAAUACAGAGCUGACAGCCAGCCACAAUACUCAGCUGACCUGCAGAGGAACAAGCCAAAACACAACCGUAUCACUGAACAGCACAUUUACCACUGUGAAGAGCUCCCAGUUCAGCGCUUCCAUGGAUUCAAACACUUCAGCUCAAAUGUCAGACCCACAAAAUAAGACCCUUGAUCGUCCUUCAUCUAAUAUCAGCAGUCCCGUAGUGACUCACACCAACCAGACUGGUUCAAGCCCUAAAAAUACCAGUGAAACAUCCUCCAUUAUAAAUAAGAGCUGUUCAUCUGUAAAAGCAAAUGAAACCUUUGAUGUGCAGAAUUCUACUUUUAAUAAGCAUUCCAUUCAAAAAUCUAGUGGCAUCAUCAUUUUGGCAGAAUCUGGUACCACACCCAUAUGUCUCCAGAACAACACUUUUGAAAUGAAACAUGUGAAUGGCACAAUUACUUUGUCAGAAACAGCCUCAAGUGAUGGACACCACAACACUUUUGAUAAAGCCUCUCCUCCUAAAGCAACUGCUACUCCCAAAGACAACAAUACUGAGGUUCACACCCCUGAGCUGUCAUCAGUACAGAGUGAGAAAACACCUGAUGCAGACCCUAAUGCCAAGCAAGUAGCCCCUCCUGAGAGGACUUUUGAAGCCAACCCAGCUGUAGACGUAACUUCUGAAGCUAAUAAUGGUGACACUAAGGUGAAUUUAGGCAUAGCUCUGCCUGCAGCUCAUCGUCUCUCUGAUUGUUUAUCCCAUCAAAGCAUGAAUAUGGACAGCAACAUGCCAAAUGUGUUUAAUUUGGAUGACACCUUAGAUUUAAGGUCAGAAUCUCUGAUUACUUCGACACCAAUGCCGACCUGUAAAAUGUUUAACUUCACUUCUGAAAGAGAAGAUGGAAAAAUCAUAGCAGCACAGAAAAAACUGUAUGGGGACGGUCCCAGUCAGGCAGCUGGUCAGACAUCUUCAGAAAUGCCAUCAAACAUUAUCUGUGACCGGAAGACUUUGUUAACACAGCCUGCCGCUAAAUCCUUUUUGCCUUUAAUGAAACCUCCAUCUCAGCUACUGAAAUACAAGCCAGCCUCCACUCUUCCAAUGAAAGCAUCAGGUCUGCCCAUGACCAGACAAAGAAGUCAGGCUGAGGCUUUGAAAAAUACAGCUGUGGCCAACGCACUUCAAGAGACAAAAGAAAUACCAAGCUCCUACAAUUUACGUCCUGCGACAACAGCCCCAGGACCUAAGAAACCCCUUUCUGGAUUGCGAAAGCCACAACAGACCGGGAUACCAUCAGGUCUCCAGAGAACUGCAGCAGGUCUCAGACCACCAUUAACACGGAGCAAUGCACCAGUCUCUUCAAAUGCUGACAAACCUCAUGGACCUGAGGCUCCUAAUCCUGUGGUGAAGAUUUCACAACCGAAGAAACAUCCUUUACCCAGAAGUGAAACUUUGCUAGCAGCAAAGAAGAAGAAAACUGAUGCUUCUGUGCCAUCCAGUAAUGCUGAGGCUUCAACAUCCUCCAGUGACGCUUCCAGUAAAGCCAAAAACUUAAAAAAACCUCCAACUGGACAAAAACCUUCAGCUGCUAAAGCUCAAAGAAAUGAUGCUGCAGUGCCAGCCAGUACUGCUGAGGCCACAGCAUCGUGUGAUCCCGUUAUCAGAACGAGGAGCUUGAAACAACCACCAACCAGCCACAAAGGUUGUGCCAACUGUACUGCGCUUGAACAACAACUCAAACUGAAAUCAGAGGAAAUAAGAAGACUAAAAGAAGAGCUGCUGAAGUACAGUAAACAAGAGGACAAAUGCUAAUGUUUUUUAUAUAAUAUUGUUUUAAUCUGCCACUGCUAUUAAUAACAUUCAUUUACACUUUGAUGUAAAUAGUAACUUUUAAUUCUACUGUAUUUGCUGAAGUGUCUGCAUUUUGUUUAACGCAAAGUGGAAUGUUCACUUCUUAUACUGUAGAAAUUAGCUUCAUUCAGAUGCACAUAUAUAAAGAUUUUUUUAAUCUCUUAAAUGUAAACUUCUAUACAUAUAAAUAAAGUCUAAUAUGAUGAAAUAAUAGCAGGAUUCUUUUUGUUUGUGACAAACUCAGUCACGGUGCUUGCACAGGUCUUGAAAAUCUUAAAGUAUGGAACUUUGAAAUGCUGUUUUGCAGACCUUGAAUAGUUCGGAAUUUUGAAAGUGUUGAUAAAGUAUGGAAAAAGUUACUCUCAGUCAAAUUUUAGAGUAUGCUCAAAGGCACCUAGUCUUGUAAGAUAAGAAAUACAUGAGGAAAACAAAAAACUGUA